AUGUUGUUCAAUUUUCCCCUGACCUUCGCGCUUCAGCUUUCCUGGAUUGCUCUUGGUGUUGCCAACCAAGACCUAACAGUUACUAUUCCAUGGGUUACGGACGCGCCUGAUUACUUCAAGGGCUAUGGAGCGAAGGUUAUUGGCCUUAAAGAUGGAGCCACCGUCUAUGGGAUCAACUGUCUCCCCGAUCAAUCAUCUUGCAACAGAUUUAAUCCUGAUUUAACCGUUGCUUAUGGACCAAGCACAUAUGAGAUGUUCGCAAGCGGCUACAACUUUGACUUCACUUCGGGUUGCACUUUGACUGGCUCUCCGACACCGACCGAAGCAAGCUGUACCGAGACAAAGUCGUUUCACAAAAAAGCUGUUGUUGACACGGCCACGGUGGUUGUCCCAGCCACAGGGACUGAUUCCAGCCUAGGAAUCUUCCCGGCAACCCUGAUUGUCACGGAUACUGGAGAUUUGCCUGCGACUUCUACCGCCACUCGAACUCAGCCGGCCCAGUCUGACAGUUCCACCACUAAAGCCACCAUCACUGCCACGGGUCAUCCGAUCAUUCCUACCGCUAAUGCCACAGUCGGAUACCUGAACGCGACCGGCACUACCACUGGUGCCCCAGUUAUUUGGCAGAAUGACACUUCUUCAACCGACAACAAUGGUCCAACGGUGACGGUGACGGUUCUCGCCAGCCCACUUCCUUGCCGCUGUGAAUGUGACUGCAGAGGGACUGUGACCCCCCUGUCCGCGGCUAUGAACUCUACAAAGAAGGAAAGUCAUGCAGUCAAGAUAGUGGCACCUAUGGCGCUGGCGACUGCGCUCGUUGCUGCUGUGUUCUGGUAUUGA